AUGAGUGUUUGUGAUUAUUUUGUGCUAUUAAUGUUGUUUUCUGGAGGAAUUUUGGCGGCGAGUGAUCAAGGUAGCCCUUCUGGCGGGCGUGAUAGGCCCUUAUCUUUUUCCUACCACUCGCCUCCCUACGGUGGUGAACCUUUCUAACCUAUAAUUUUACCUCUCCACUUCACAGCACGCGUGCUACAGUGCUACUGCGAAGGUCACUGUCCGGGAAAUGUGCAGAAUGGAACGUGCGAGACGCGACCCGGCGGUUCCUGCUUCGUCUCGGUCGAAGAGGUGAUGGACGAGGAAACGAAACAGUUUGUGCCGGAAUGGAGCCACGGCUGUAUGUCCCCGGAACAGGGCGGUGGAUUGCUACAGUGCAAAGUAGGAACGAUCUCACCGCAGAUCCACGGCAAAAGCAUCGUAUGCUGCGACAACGAGGACCUCUGUAACCGUGAUCUACCGCUCGAGUAUAGCCCGCGUACGACCACCACACCGGAACCACCGCUAGUGAACACGAACAGUGUGCCACUGCUUGCGCUCAUCACCUCCGUUAUCCUGUGCCUAGCGGGACUGAUCGUGGUCCUUGGAGCCAUCUACUGCGUGUACCGAAGGCGUGAGAAGCGAAAGCCUGCCUACCUGAUGAACUCGCUGUACAACACGGGCAACGGUCACAUGCCGAUCGCGGAUUUGGUGGAGCAAACGAGUGGCAGUGGGUCUGGGUUGCCGCUGCUCGUCCAGCGAACCAUUGCCAAGCAGAUCCAGAUGGUGCACUCGGUCGGCAAGGGCCGGUACGGUGAGGUGUGGCUGGCCAAGUGGCGUGACGAGAAGGUGGCCGUGAAGAUCUUCUUCACCACCGAGGAAGCGUCCUGGUUCCGGGAAACGGAGAUCUAUCAGACGGUGCUGAUGCGUAACGAGAACAUCCUUGGAUUUAUUGCCGCUGACAUCAAGGGCACGGGCUCGUGGACGCAAAUGUUGCUGAUCACCGACUACCACGAGCUGGGUUCGCUGCACGACUACCUCCAGAAGCGAGUCCUUAACCCGCACAUGCUGAAAACACUCGCACUUUCGCUGUCCUCCGGUGUGGCACAUCUGCACACGGAGAUCUUCGGUACACCUGGCAAGCCCUCGAUCGCGCACCGAGACAUCAAGAGCAAGAACAUCCUGGUCAAGCGAAACGGACAGUGUGCGAUCGCGGAUUUCGGCCUCGCGGUUAAGUACACGAGCGAAUCGGACGAGAUUCAGAUUGCGCCAAAUACGCGUGUCGGAACACGCCGCUAUAUGGCACCCGAGGUGCUGAGCGAAACGCUCGAUCACAAGGUGUUCGAAGGCUUCAAGAUGGCCGACAUGUACUCGGUGGGGCUGGUGUUCUGGGAAAUGGCACGUCGCUGCAUCACGACGGUGCGAGGUGCAAAGAAUACGACCACCUGCGAGGACUACGCUCUACCGUACCAGGACGUGGUGCCAUCCGAUCCCAGCUUCGAGGACAUGUACGCAGUGGUGUGCGUGAAAGGCGUGCGACCACCGAUCCCCCAGCGAUGGCAGGACGAGGACAUCCUCGUAGUAUUAUCGAAGAUCAUGCAGGAAUGUUGGCACCCGAGCCCGGCCGUACGGUUAACUGCGCUGCGAGUCAAGAAGACGCUCGUGAAGCUCGAAACGGACUGUACGAUUAAGAUAGUGUAAGCGCUGCGAGAUUCGCAGAGUUCGCGAAGAGUUUUAUUUAUUUAUCGCGCCGUCACACCACACCGGUUGGGGGAGGGGAGAGAAUAGAAAGCUCUGCUCGUGGAAAAGAACCGGCAACAGGAGAAGAUCCAUUUGUAAAUACGUUCAUGCCACCACUGGUCAACCCUUCGUCGACCUUCGAAUCAUCUGCUCCUGUCGUCCAU